AUGCAGACUGGUAUGCAGACUGGUAUGCAGACUGGUAUGCAGACUGGUAUGCAGACUGGUAUGCAGACUGGUAUGCAGACUGGUAUGCAGACUGGUAUGCAGACUGGUAUGCAGACUGGCAUGCAGACUGGCAUGCAGUCUGGCAUGCAGUCUGGCAUGCAGUCUGGCAUGCAGUCUGGCAUGCAGUCUGGCAUGCAGUCUGGCAUGCAGACUGGCAUGCAGACUGGCAUGCAGACUGGCAUGCAGACUGGUGGUCCUGGCACAGCUUCUGUCUGCACAUCAGAGUGCAGCCCCAGGGAAGAAGAUGGCAGUGAAGGUGAUGUGACAGGCAGCUCCGGCUGUGAUGGAGGUGGCAGUGGCAUAGGCGUCAGCUGUGACUACUUCCAAUAG